AAUCCGGAGAGUUGCCGACGCAAAUUGGGUUAUGUCAUCCUCAUGCAACGGUAGAAACGGGAGUAUUGAUCAAAUUGAUGGCAGUUGUUGCAACAAUGUAAAUGCACUGUGCCAGUCGGAAACCUUCGUCGCGUACGAAACCGAAUGAUCGGAUCUGAUCUCAGUAGGUUUUGUCCAUAAGCAGCUGGAACGGAAAUGAGCACUGCCAUCACAAACCGCGAGGAACGGUGGAACGUAGUCUCAUGUCGACGUAUACAGCCUAUGCGAAUCUGCAACAUCAUAGUUCAUCUAUCUCCAGAUUGUAGGUAGUAGUUAGUCCAAUCAGAGAAGUCAUGACUCUGGAAAACCGGUUACUAGGUCAAAUCUACGACUGUUGCACAUACCUGGUCCUUCUCAGCCUUUCUGCGCUUGAAAAUGGCGGUAAUAUGGAAGUCUGAUAACGCUCAUACUAAAGUUUAGCAUAUUAACGUGUAGACUCGGCGUUGAUGAUAACCAGCCGCCCCCACUCCGUGCCAGAACCUUCUGUCAAUCCCUUUUAUUCUUCUCCCCCCUCACAGGUAUCUCUACAGUAUCUGUGAGUGAAGACAUGUCCUUCUCUAAACCCGUCGAAUCAACAUCGCCGGAACUUGGUAAGGAUGCUGAGCGCCGCUCUGAGAGUGAACGCUCGUCAUCUCAAGACAUCGCGAGCGAUGAAUGGGCGACCGACAUAGCAAAUCCGCGGAACUGGUCUGGAGGUAAAAAGUGGGCAGUAACAGCGAUCGUGUCUGCGUACAACUUCAUCUCUCCGCUAGCUUCGUCUAUGAUGGCUCCGGCUCUUCCAAACAUCGCAGAACACUACGAAAUUACCAACCCUACGCUGGUUUCGAUGACGCUUAGUGUUUUUUUGCUUUCUUUUGCUGUUGGACCUUUGUUCUUUGGCCCGUUAAGUGAAAUAUAUGGCAGAACAUGGGUUCUUCACGGAGGGAAUCUUUUGUUCCUCGCGUUCAGUAUAGGUUGCGCCUAUUCGCCUACCGCUAAUGCUCUGAUAGCAUUCCGAUUCCUCUCUGGCUUAGCUGGGAGUGCACCUGUCGCGUGUGGCGGCGGGUCCAUCAGCGAUCUUUUCGCUGAACGCGACCGGGCUGCUGCGAUGUCGCUCUUCAGUCUGGGCCCUUUGAUCGGUCCUGUAGUGGGCCCAAUCGCAGGUGGUUUUAUCUCUCAAUCGAUUGGAUUCAAGUGGGUAUUUAUCAUCCUGGCCGCACUGUGCGGCGCAUUCGCUUGCAUCGGCAUCCCGCUUCUUCGAGAAACGUACGCGCCCGUCAUUCAACGAAGAAUGGGCAAGAAAAGCAUGAAGACGUCUUCUGAUCCGGAGAAAUUUCAAGUUGCACAUGCCAACGAAGCUGUGGGAGAGAAGAUCUGGCUUAACCUCUCGAGGGCUGUCAUCCUCUUAUUCGGAAGCUUCAUUUGCUUCAUUCUGAGUUUGUACAACUCGCUGAUGUAUGGCGUGUACUACCUUAUGUUCACGACUUUUCCCCCCUUAUUCCUGGAGACCUAUCAUUUCUCGGUUGGUGUGUCUGGUCUCGCAUAUCUAGGUCUAGGCAUAGGAUUCUUCAUCGCUUCUGGCAUUGGCGCGUACCUCGGAAACAUCAUAUAUAAGAGGCUUUCUGAUAAGAAUGGAGGCGUCGGGAAGCCAGAGAUGCGUAUGCCUGUACUCAUCUUGGGCUCUUUUUUCGUGCCGAUCGGACUAUUCUGGUAUGGGUGGUCUGCACAAGCCAAGCUGCAUUGGAUCAUGCCCAUCAUUGGUACCGCCAUCUUUGGCUUUGGGUUCAUGACUACGUUCAUCCCAAUCCAACUAUACCUCGUUGAUGCUUUUACGUAUGCCGCGUCUGCUCUCGCAGCAGCUUCGGUGCUUCGCUCUCUGUUUGGCUUUGCCUUCCCUCUCUUCGGUGCACAGAUGUUCAAAGCGUUGGGCAAUGGAGGAGGCAAUUCUCUUCUUGGAGGCUUGACCAUUGUUUUGGGUAUUCCGUUUCCCAUCUGGAUCUACUACUACGGUGAACGAAUCAGGGCCAACAACCCUUUGAAUCGUUGAAAUGUCGAGAAACUUAGAUGCAUUAACGCCAUUUCUCCAUAGACGAGUCUAAGAUGACGAUUACUAGUACCUGUUAUGCAUAUGAUGCCUAUAUAUUGAGAUGAUUGUUCAGCGGUCACAAGCAGGUCUUGG